AUGGUAGUUAACAAACCCGUAGGCUUUGUCAAGGUCGGGGACUUGCCGGCGAGGGACGAAAUCGAUGAUGGUAUCAAAAAGAAAGUACAAUUUUUGGACGUGCUGCUGGAGUAUGAGGGGGCUAUAGACUUGAAGGAGGUAGAGACCAUGUUUCUUCAACAGCGCUACGAAGAUCUUCCGCCUCCUAUCAAAGUCCCGGGCAACAACGUGACCCCAUUCACUAUGCAGCUGGUAGUGCUACCCCUCGCAGAAGGAAAAUGGAACAUCGUCAAACACAUUCGCUUUGCUGAUGGCGCAAAGGUCAUGAACAGCACCAUCAAGUCCAUGUCUGUUGGCCGCGCUCUGGAGAUCGACUACCAGAAAAAUUUUAAAGACGGAAGCCGUGCCCUACAGAAGGGCUUCCAGUAUAUCCGCGAGAACGGCCCGCAGGACAACUCCACGGGUCAGUUCACCAGUUGGACAGAAGAGGAGGUCUCCGUCAAGCUGGAGAAAGACGAAUGCGAAAGGAAAUUUGGUUCUUUCAAGAAGCAGUUGGGAAAUCGUGUGCUGCACAUCGAUAUCUCUGACUCCUCCACGCCACCAUCUCCCAAAGCUUCUUCCGCGAAGGCGUCUGCUGUCCAUACUUCCCCGGCCGACGAAAUGGACAUUGCUUCUUCUCCCAUGGACGACCCCAUGGAGAAUUUGACGCAACAGCUCGAAGAUGAAAUCAAUGCCAUCCCGGACGAAGAGCAAGAAACUUGUUAUGGAUGGCUUGCCAUUUUGAAGCGAGCAGUUGUGCGUAUCUACGUCCCUUUGAUCUUCCUCAGCUUCCUCAUGGCGCCCAAGGAGAAGUUCAACCCCUUCCCGCCUCCCAAAAAAGGCGUUCGACGGAUGAUUGCGAAGAGACCUUCAGCUAUCAAGUCUGCGAUUUGGAACAAAAUUCCUUAUGUCAAAAACAAUAACGGUGGUCAUGUGCGUAUGGAGAAGGCCAAGUGGCGCCGCACCAUCCAGGAACUCCUCUCGGCAAGCAAUGAGAACAUCAUUGAGAUUCUCACUGCGGACGGCAUUCUCCCCAAUUGGAAAGGUUGUGUGUGUCCGCACUGUCAAUCUGGCAAGCUCGGUCCUCUCACCUCCAAUGGCCGCGAUGACAUCCUGCGCUACAGGUGCAACAAGAAGGGCUGUCAGCGUUAUUUGCUCCCUCAACACCUACACCCAUUCUUCACGGCAACGAACGGGCCAGAGGGUCACUCGCUUCAAAUGCAGGCUGCAGCCCUCCUUCUUCGUCUCCUCAAUGUUCCGCUGUCCAACAUCCAUUUGCUCACACACAUCAAUCACAAAGCCCUGGAGAAGUUCAACCGCAACAUCUUGCUCAUGCGCAAGGGCUAUGUCCAAAAGGCGGAGAAGGAAAUCAAGUUCGGCGGCUGUCCAAGGGCUUGGAAAGAGGUCGAAGCCGACGAAGCGACCUUCGAUAAGAAGACCCUUUCUCCUCAGGAGCUCGGCGUGAACCAUGACAAACCAGUGCUCUGGGAGCAGUGGGGAGCCAUAGUGCAGCGCGGGGCUCCUGAGACCCUCGUCUUGACCAAGCUAAACCCAGCAAUGACAGUUCCUCGUGCGCCCGGUCCUGGUGCCAUCAGAAAGGUGGAUUGGAAGCCUCUGGCCUUGAAGCACAUCGCAAACCGAAAUGUCAUCCUCCACACGGAUUCGGCCCGCUCCUACAAAAUGAAAUUGCCCGGUGUUGUGCACGAUGCAGUGGUGCAUAAGAAGAAACGUGUCAAGAAGAACGGCAAGUGGGUGUGGUUGAAGCCGACCUUCGUUCGCAUCUCGAAGCACAAGUUGCCUGAUGGCCGUAGAAUUUCCUGUAAAGCGGGAACCCAAAUCGUAGAUCGCGCGUGGAAAUUCAUCAAAGCCAGACUCUCCAGGAACCAGUAUGUAAAGGCAUCCUCCUUGUUGCUUGCUGCACAGAUUCGCAGUGCACAGUGGGAGUACUGGAACCGCCAACGAGAUCUCUGGUUGUGUACUGGACAUGUUGUUGCUUCCUACAUGGAAGGCAUUGUGAAGAGGUGA